UUCCGGUGUACGCAGACUCAGAGUCUCACACACAAACACACAGAGAGGACCGGCGGAGUUUAUCAGGGAGCUCGGGUUCGUCUGUUAGUGUUCACUGGUGUAAGAGACUGAGAUGGAGAUUGAGGACGGGGUGGUGCUGACCCAGGACUCUGUAGAGAAGAGGCCAAAGCGAGCGACCCUGUUAGACAGCGGGGAGGAUUUUGAGAUCCUAGAAGAGGAUGAUGAUGGGGUAGAGGAUGAUCUCCCUCCUUUAGAGGAUGCAGGAGGUGGAAAGACAGAAAGUGCUGAGAUGACUGCAGCGGUGAGCGAGGUGCCGGAGGAGGGUCAGUCCCCUCCCCAGGAGGAGUGGCUGGAUGUGUUAGGAAACGGGCAGCUGAGGAAGAAAGUUUUAGAAGCUGGGUCUGGUCCUGACAGUAAACCUCAGAGGGGCCAGAACGUCACCAUCAACCUUAGGACCGCUCUGAGCGACGGCACCGCGGUGUCCGAAGAAAACAACCUAAUCUUCACUCUUGGUGAUGGUGAUGUCAUACAGGCGUUGGAUCUCACUGUGCAGUUGAUGGAGAUGGGUGAAACGGCUCUGAUUGAAGCGAGUGCCAAAUACGCAUACGGCGCACAGGGGAGUUCGACUCCCGUCGUUCCCCCGGAUGCCAAUUUGAUCUUGGAGGUGCGUCUCCUGUCGGCUGUCGAUGCUCCUGACCUGGAGCUCCUGCCUCCCUCCGAGAGGAUCGCUCUGGCCAGCAAGAAACGAGAGCAGGGCAACUUUCACUACCAGCGCAGUGAUUACGCCUCUGCCGUUAACUCGUACGGGAUCGCCCUGCAGAUAACUGAAGCAAGCUCGAAAGUGGACAUCAGCUCUCAGGAAGAAGAGGAUCUUUUAGACAUAAAGGUGAAAUGCCUGAACAACAUGGCUGCCGCUCAGCUCAAGCUGGACCACUAUGAAGCCGCCCUGCGCGCCUGUGUCUCUGUUUUAGCUUACCAGCCUGACAAUGUCAAGGCUUUGUUUCGUCAGGGCAAGGUACUGGCGCUGCAGGGAGAGUUCACCGAUGCAAUCCGAAGUCUGAAACGAGCUUUAAAGUUGGAUCCAAGUAACAAGACCAUCCACGCUGAGCUGUCGAAGCUGGUGAAGAAACACUCUGAACAGAAGGGUGCUGAGCAGGCCAUGUACAAGAAGAUGCUUGGAAACCCAUCUGACAUCAACACUGUACAGAAACCCCAGGCCAAGUCCUCGUGGAGUAUAAGCUGGAAGUGGUUGUUUGGUGCGACUGCCGUGGCUAUCGGAGGCGUCGCCCUGUCCGUGGUCAUUGCUGCUAGAAAUUAAGCAUGAUCAGGAUGCUAGCAUUAACUUAAUUUUAGGUACAAAAUUUGUCCAUUUCUAUUACUUUCUGUUUCUGUCUCAGAGUAUAACUUUAUAGUUUAUUAUAAAAGCUUCUCUAAAUGCAUGAACGGUGAUUCUGAGAAAAUGGUCAUGUACAAAGUUAUAAAUUAUUGCGUGUGUAAACUUGCCAUGUUAUUUUCCCCUUGUAGACAUAAGCUCGAUAUCUAUCUCCUGGUCAUGCUCUCUAGUCUCCUCAGUAUGCUCUCUAAGUCCAGGCUCCUCUUUGGCCUCCUAAGGGACGUUAUGUUUCCUAAUCAGCAGGAUUGUUUCUGAUGUAGCCUGUGUUUAUGCUGCUAGCUUGUAUUCCUACAGUACAUGGUUCAGUUCUAAGCAGUGGCUUGGCCAAGGAUACAGAACAAACAUUAGCUUGAUUUAGUUAAUUCUUUUGUGGUUAACACACCAGUCCACUGACUAGUUUAUGGCCUGCUUUGCAGUUCGGAAGGUGUACAUCACCUUUAAACUCUCUGACCAAACACUGUAAGGAUUUUACUCACAAAAAAUGACCAAAUCAAUUGGUUUAGACUUUAUUGAUUUCGAUUUAUUUUAUAUCUAAAAAUGUAAAUGGUAUUUAUUUUAAAUAAUUCAUUUUUGUCUAAUUUUUCUGAUGUAACGAUGAUAUAAAUUUUUUUCUUUUUUUUUUCCUUUUGUUAUUGAAAGCGAUAACAUUCCUGAUGACACUUUGUUGAAAUAAACUUUUGCACAUUCAGUUCAUACGCCUGUGAUGUUCAAUGGGUAGGCGUGGCUAAUUAGUGUCUGAUUAUAAACGUUUACGUUCUCGUAGAAGGGACGUUCUAUAAUUAAUUUUCCUCCUUAAUUUUACUGUAUGAACACCUUAAACCAAAAAAAAAACUCAAUGUGCAUCCUGGAAACACGACAUUGGACAUUGACUGAUUAAAAAAAAAAAUAAUAAUAAAUCUGCUUAUGCGAAGACCUGCCGGUGUGUGUGUCGACGAGGGAGGCUCCACAGAUCGAUCUGUACAUUUGGGGUUUCAGAUGUUAUGUCAGGAAGAACCAAAUUUCUCAUUCAUUUAAAAAUGUUUACAUUUGACGGCUACUGGAAUCUGGGAAUGAAAUUAGAAAAAAUGUAGAACUCACAAAAUGCUCAUAAUAUUAUUAUUUUAUUAUUAUCAUGUCACAGAAGCAACUGAAUACAACCAUAAAAACGUGUGAUCAUGUGAAUCUAUACUAUUACUUUGUCUAUGUUUUGGUUGGAUAAAAAGAAAAAGCUCAGUUCAUCAUACUGCUUAAGCUGUGCUGCAAAAAAGGAAAUGUCACUCUGUACUGCAUAAUCCUGACCUAUAUGUAAAUAAACAUAAAUAUAAUAAUGUGAAAAAUGUCUAAAAUGCUCUGGGUUACUGAGCAUACUAAAAUGUGUUUUAGUCCACCCCAUGACUGUUUCCGCUCCUCACGUGUUCCAAUAAGACUGUAAAUAGUCCUCCCUUAUUGUAACUCAUGAGGAAUAACUAGAUCUGGCAGUGAAGCUCUCUGGACAUAAGCCUGCAGAGUGAAUCAAAACUGCACCUCCUAGUUUACAAGAUGAGGUCCAGGGAUCUCCAAGGGUCUGUGACGGAUAUCCAUCAGGUUUGUAAGUGCAUGGGGUCUCAAACUUUUACAUCCUGGUUACAGAUUUAUGUCAGGACUCCGAACGGACGUUGUACAUUUUCUAAACAUUUUGGUUUCUCCUGAAUAAUUUCUGUGACACUUGCAAAUCCAUGUUCAAUAAAUGUCUUGGCAUAAUUUUAA